UAAAAGCAAAUUAAAUAAUUUAAUAAAAUAAAUCAAGGUCGGUAAAGGAGAAAAAAUAAUAAUUUAUAUUAUUCCGUGGAUAUAUUGAAUUGGAUAAUGAGACGAGACAGAUCAGAGACCAGCUGUCAGCCAUCGAUUGUAUGUACAGGCCAAGACUUUCUAUAUAUACUGUAUUGAAAUUUAUAUACAUUAAAAAUUUACCAGUUUUAUUUUAUUGCGUGACAUUAACAAAACUUUCGUGUAACAGCUUAUUGAUAUAAAUAAUAUUAUACUUUUGUGAUUAAUAACAUGUCAUCUACAAAUAGUGACGGUGUCCAAGGCAGUACUUCAACGUCCAGUGAAAUUCCUGUACAAGGACUAAUACCUAAUGGGGCAGGACAUGGUUACGUUUCAUUGCAUAGACCAUCAGAAUUGUUAGCAACGUUACGCAAUCACGCUGAUGAACUGUCACCUCCAAAGCCAGAUUUUUCAGCACCACCGCCUUACGAACUUGCUACUAAAUUACCAAGCUAUGAAGAAGUUCAAAGGGAGAAAACACUGCAAGGAGAAAAUCCAGUACCACCUCCACCACACAUAAACAUUGAUACUAUACCAACACCGCAACCAUUUACUAUUUUGGCAAUAGAUCCAAAUACUGCUGAAACUGAUGCAGAAAGCGGAUUACUUGGAACAGAUUUUACAUUUUUCACGGCUUUUUUAUUGGCUCUAUUCUUCAAUUGGAUUGGAUUUCUCUUAUCAAUGUGCUUCUGUCACACAAUCGCUGCUCGAUAUGGUGCUCUUGCUGGAUUCGGUUUGUCUUUAACUAAAUGGACAAUCAUAGUCAAACACUCAACAGAUCUUGCAUCCCGUGCUAAUUCGUGGUUAUGGUGGCUCAUAAUGGCUCUUGGUAUUCUUAUUUGCAUUCGUGCUAUUACUCAAUAUUUGAACAUUAAACGUGGAUGGAAAUUAUUAUCCGGCAGUGCCCAAGAACGUCUCCUCUUUUUCUAUUAAGUCAAUCAAAAUUACCACUUUAUUAUUAUUACUAAUCUCAAUAUUGAAAUUUAGGAAGAGCGUUACGGCAUUUAUUUGAUUUUUGGGAUAUAUUAUUGCACUAUAAUAUAUAUAUAUCUAUACAAAUCAUCUAUAAACAAUAUUAAUUUACAUAUAUUACUAAACAUUUUAUAUACGAUUGAUAUCAACGUAAUUGUAUAAAUAUAGUAUGAAAAAGACAGUGAGCUAUUAAAAUUGUUAUUAACCGAACAAAAGCUUUUGCAAAUUAUGUAAUGCGAGGUAAAUUCAAAAAUUAAACGCUCACGAAAAUUAUGCAUUAUAUAAUCACUUUGAUAUUGAUGUUUGAUAAAUUGGUAUCAAAAUAAUGCAACAAUUGUUUGUCACUUAUAAAUAAACGAGUGAGUGUUAAGAUCAAUGUUUGAUGGUGAAAUUUUUGCGUGUUUAUCAUGCACUUAACUGGCGAUAAAAAUUUUUUAAAUUGAUAAAGCCGUAAUAAAUGUCCAUGGAGUAGUCAAAAA